GCCCCCACAGCCUUCACUAUCUCCAUAGACUUUUCUUACUUCUUUCCCACUUUUCUCCUCACAUUCUUCCACAAGACUUGUUCAAGUCUCCCCUCAUUCCUUAUUCUUCUCCUACAAAUCUUUUUUGAACUUUACAAAGACAUGGAUAUCCAAGAUCAGACUAAACUUGCAACUCCUUCAGGGCAUGAAAGGGUACAUAUAUGUCAUAGUUGUGGAUGGCCUUUUCCAAACUCACACCCAAGCUCUAAACAUAGAAAAGCCCAUAAGAGAAUAUGUGGAACCAUUGAAGGCUAUACUACUAAACUUACUCACUCUCAACUAGUAGCUUCAGAUGAUGAUGAUGAUCAACACCAUUCUGACGAAAAUGAGAAAACCCCAAGUCCCAAGAUUGAGAAGUUGACCGUCAAAGAGAGUGGCAGUGGCAGUGGUGGGAUUUAUGAAAGAUCUAAUAAAUCUGAAGAAGAUAUUUUUUCAGAUGCAGUUACAGAAUUUUCGGAUACUGGUGUCAGUCCAGGUGUAGAACAUCGAUCCAAAGAUCCUAUUAAGCUGUUAGACAGUUCAAUAGAGGUUCACGAAGUGGAUGACAAUUUCGAAGUUUCUGAAACCACUCAUGCCCAUACAAAAGAUGCAGAUAAAACUGAAGAACAUCUUCCAAACACCCUACACAAUUCAGCUGACACACAAGUCAAAUUACCUGAUUCUGUCACAAAACCUACAGUUCUUUUAGUUGAGGAUAAGGAUGUGUCCCACAAUGAUAAAUCUGUGGACCUCGUGGAGCCUCCUAAUACUGUUCAGACUAAAACAGAUUCUGCAGAGGCAGUGUAUGGGGAUACAGUUGAGGUAUCUGAUAACAAGGAUAAAGAAGAAGCGGUAUAUGUACUCUCUGUCCCAAGUGAUAUACCUUUAGUAGAUCGUGCUGAGACUAUGAUUAACGAUUUUAAGGAUCCUAAAACUAUAUAUUCUAAUGUUCCUCACGAUGGCAGAGAUGCAAAAAUUAUUUCCAUGGUAGAUAGCUUUAACGUCAAAACAGCUGAAGUGAACAUACAAGAAAGUGAAGCCUCGGAUAAUGGUGAGUCUUCCAUGAAGUCUGCGCUUUCUGAACCCAGAGAUACAGACUUCUCUGCUUCUGAUCCUCCAGUUAUUGAAGAAACUAAAGCUGCAGAAACUCAACAUCUGGAAAUGAGCAAAACUGUACUUCAAUCUACCAACAAUAUUAGUGAAGCAGAAAUUUCUCAUGAUAAACAUUCUGUUGUUACUCUUGGUGAAAAGAUGGAACUAGAGGGGGAUAGUGAAGAGACCAAUCGAGAAAUGUUUGAAACUGAUCAUAUACAUACUCAAGAAGUGAUUAAAAACACCGGUAGUGUUCCAGUAUUGACUGAAGCAUACACUCAGGAAAUCGUGAAAGAACACCAGAUUGGUAUCGAAGCUAAACAAAAUAUAGUUGAAAGUGUUGUUGCUGAUUCAGAAGAUAGGAACAAACUUGGAAUGCCAGAGAGUUCGGAAAAGCUUAUACUGGAAAAAGCUGAAGAAUCACGUGAUGCUUCUGGGGUCGUUUCUGAAGCUUUGGUAGAUGAAAGAGAUGGCAAGCUAAUGACUAGUCAAGAUUUUUGUGUAGAUGCAUCUGUGGACUCGAGUAGUCGUAAUAGUUUGGAGGGAAAUUGGGGAUCAGUUUCAGUGCUCUCAACUGCUUCAUUUGAUGCUGAAAAUGCACAUACUGGCGUUAAGUCUGAAAUUACAGCUGAUAAAAGACGUUUGGGUAAAUCAGAUGCUUUUGAAGGCUCAUCUUUGAUGGAACCCAAAGAGGAAAUUAUUGACCAGAAAGCUUCUGAAAUGAAGUUAGGCACAGUGCAAAACUCUCAACCACUAGAAUCUGAAGCUAAUGUCAGUACUGAAACUGAAGGAAGAAAAAGAAAUGAAGCAAUAGCAAAAGUUAAAAACUGGAGUACAAGUGAAAACACUACUGCCUUAAAGAAUCUGGUAAGCGAAGCUAAACCAUCGAAUCCUAAACAAUUAUCAACUAUGAUUGAAAAAGAUGAAGCUGCUGAGAAAAUGAGUGAACUUGGAAAAUCAAAUUUGGUCAACCAGGAGUCAUCUCCACCAAAAUACAUCGGUGAGGGGAAGAAAGUGAGGAAGAAAGGAAUAGCAUCAUGGGUACCAUUUGGGUGCUGCUCAUCAGUAAAUGUCAAUUAGCGGAUGAAAGCCUUUAUGGACCCUACACAUGGAGUUUUUUUUAUAUACAAAUGCCUUUUCAUUUUAGUAUUUGUAUACUUGAUAUAGCUCAUGCAAUGAGACAUGACACCCCAGUGUUUUGUAUGAGUAAUGAAGUGGUGAUACUCUUGCUAUUAUAUUGUUGUAAAUCAAGUUUGUACAUGCUUUUUGGUUAUAGAAGAGCAUAAAAUAUAUUAGGUUCAAA